AUGUUGUCACCUCCCCCAAGAACGACAAGAACAGGUUGUCUUCCAUUUGUAUCUAAAUUGAGUGGGCGAUCGCUGGUUGGGAUUCUACCGAAGGCGUUGUGCGAGGUGGACGUGUCGACGAAGGAGGGACUGUUCCGCGCGUCGGUCCCCUCUGGGGCCUCCACGGGCGUGCACGAGGCCGUGGAGCUCCGCGACGGGGGCAGCCUUUACAUGGGAAAGGGCGUGUCUAAGGCGGUCGAGAACGUCAACAAGCCGCUUUCUCGUGUCGGGCAUAUUAUCCGUCACGGCAGUGCCAUCAUCUAUCACAAAGGGCGGUGGAACAAGACCAUCGGCCCCGCGUUGAUCGGCCUGGACGCCACGGACCAGGAGGGCAUCGACGCCAAGAUGAUCGAGCUGGACGGGACGCCCAACAAGGGCAACCUCGGGGCUAACGCCAUCCUUGGCGCGUCUCUGGCCGUGUCCAAGGCCGGCGCGGGCUCCAAGGCGGUGCCCCUGUACCAGCACUACGCUGACCUCGCGGGCAACUCGGACCUCGUGCUGCCGGUGCCUUCGUUCAACGUCAUCAACGGUGGCGAGCACGCCGGCAACAAGCUGGCAUUCCAGGAGUUCAUGAUCCUUCCCACGGGGGCGGAGACCUUCACCGAGGCCAUGUCCAUCGGAUGCGAGGUGUACCACGAGCUCAAGUCGGUCAUCAAGGGCAAGUACGGGCAGGACGCGUGCAACGUGGGAGACGAGGGGGGCUUCGCGCCCAACAUCCAGAGCAACCUCGAGGGGAUCGAGCUGCUGAUGGCAGCUAUCAAGAAGGCCGGCUACGAGGACAAGGUGGUGGUAGGCAUGGACGUGGCCUCCUCGGAGUUCCUUAUGCCCGACGGGCGCUACGACCUGGACUUCAAGAACAAGGGCGGUGACCAGCAGCUGACCGGCGAGGAGCUCGGGCAGCUGUACAAGGACCUGGCCGCCAAGUACCCGAUCGUGUCGAUCGAGGACCCCUUCGACCAGGACGACUGGGCCAACUACGCGCCCUUCACGGCGGCCGUGGGUGACGCCGUACAGGUGGUCGGAGACGACCUUCUCGUUACUAACCCGUCCCGAAUCACGGAGGCCGGAGAGAAGAAGGCGUGCAACGCGCUCUUGCUCAAGGGUCUGCCCAGGCGGUGCACUUGUGCCAGCGUGUAUUCGGGCGAGAACACCCGAGGCAGAGAUGCUACGUUUCCUUGGCCUUCGGACGCGCUGUGUGUGACGUCAGCGACGGAAGGAAGGGAUUCGGACGCCCCUCCCGUCGAUAGAGGCUAUUGACGUUUUGAAUAGCGACGAUGCGCCGUUGAAGGGGAAGCGCGUGAUGGUCAAAAGAGUACGCCCCCCUCCCCUGCCUCGUCGCCUCCUAGUCGUGGAUGGCCACCGUUGCCACUACUGCCCCCACGUGUGCCGUAACAGCCACAACAACGACCUCUCUCCCUUCUUUCCUCGCCUCGUCAUCGCGCAUGGCCACCAACGCCGCGGCCACUGCCACCAGCUGUACAUGUCGAAAUACCAGUACCCAAUAACAACACCCGCAACUACAACAAUAACGGAUGACCGCUCAACACCGCGGCCACUGCCACCAGCUGUAUAUGUCGAAAUACCAGUACCCAAUAACAAUACCCGCAAUAACGGAUGACCACUGACACCACCACCUGUAUCGAAUAACACCCACAACAGGUGAACCAAAUCGGGUCCGU